GUUCUCACUAGUUUGUCUAAAGUGCUAGCCAAUUUUAUUUUUUUUUUAAUAUUAAAAAUACUCAACCCUUUUUUUCGAGUUUUUCCAAAUUCAAGUCAGAAAUCGGCCAAAUCUGAAGGAGCUUCGAAUUUGUCAGGGCAAAAAUCUAUGAUCUACCACUAAUUUUGAAGAAUAUAAUUUGAAAAGUGGAGAAAAAGACCAAGGAAAAAUGGUGAUUCUCAAGGGCAAAUCCAUUUCUGGGAAAACCAAGUCUACAGAGCGUUGUGAACUUGUUUCUACGAGUAAAUUCAAGGUUUAUUCGGAGAAGGUCAAUGGCCGAUUUCCUGCUAAUGCUGAUGCUAAGUUUUCGAGGACAUCUCUUAUGUCAAAGACAGCGACUCUAUUGGCAAGUAAUACCGGUAGUAAGACAAAGAUGCAUGUAAGUGGGGCUCAGGCUACUAGAAGCAGCUAUGACUCUCUUGACAAGACAAAAGUUGGAAGAAAAGUGUUGGCUGAUGUUAGCAAUAUUCAGGGGCAAUCAUCCAAAUUUGAAAAGCCUCGUGGUUUGAGGAGUUCCAUGGCGUUUGGCACUCUUAAAAGUACUGCUUCGUCUGGUCAAUUUGUAAUGGGAAAAGCCAAGGCAAACUUAACACGUGGUAUUGCAGUCUCCAACACUUUCUUAAAAGCCCACACCAAAGCUCAGAGGACCUUUUCGAAUUUCGACAGGAUCCAAGUGACAGAAACUACAGAAAACAUAACCAGGCAGAUUCCUAAAAGUAGUAAUACAAUUACAAGGAAGUCUCUUCCGGUAAUGAAGAAAGCUAAUCGGUUGGAUUCCAGUGACUUACAGGGAAAUAUAAAAAGUGAGGAAAAGUCAACAAGAAAAGUUGGUUUCCCAGUAAAAGGAAGAGCUGGUGGAAAGUUAGUAUCCCAAGUGAGCAAUCUCACAAGCAAAGUUUCGAGGGAAAAAGUCAGUGAUGGCUCCACACUAAAGGCAAUGAGAAAUCAGACUAACAACGAUGCUCAUGGAAGGGUCAGAAAAUCAGUCAAGCCAAUUGCAAGAACCUGUUCACAAACUUCCUAUGACCCAAAGAAUUUUAAAUCCAAGAGCAUCUGUAGUUUGGACAAAACUCUUGGUACCAUUUCGAUGAGAAGAGUGAAGGUGGCUACUUCUACUGUUGCAAAAAGUUUUAAGCCAUCAGGCUCUUGUGAAGAAGUCACUGAAAGAGGAGGCUUGGCACAAGGCAGAGACAACCUGAAACCACAGUCGUCAGAUACAACUGCCAUGAGAAAUUCUGGGCGCAGAAAAUCAUAUACAUCUUCGCUAAUAUCAAGAUCAAAACUAUUAAAAUUGAGCAACGAAAUCCGUGAACAGGAACAGUUGCCGAAUAUUGAUGAUGAGGGCAAUCCACUUGAAGUUGCAGAAUAUGUUGAUGAAAUCUAUGAUUAUUAUUGGCUAGUGGAGGCACAGAGUUCUCCCCUGGAAAACUAUAUGAUUAUCCAAACAGAUGCUACGCCUCAGAUGCGGGGUUUAUUGAUUAAUUGGCUUAUAGAGGUACAUGACAAAUUUGAUCUGAUGCCAGAAACACUUUACCUUACAGUAGCUCUUCUGGAUAGAUAUCUAUCUCUUGUUACAAUAAAGAAGAAAGAAUUGCAGUUGGUUGGUCUGGCAUCUCUCUUGCUUGCAUCAAAGUAUGAGGACUUCUGGCAUCCAAGGGUCAAAGACUUGAUCAGCAUCUCAGCAGAGUCAUACACUCGAAAGCAAAUGCUUGAAAUGGAAAAGAGCAUUCUUAAGAAGCUUAAGUUUCGGUUGAAUUUGCCAACUGCCUAUGUCUUCAUGCUAAGAUUCCUCAAGGCAUCUCAGUCAGACAAAAGGCAUGAACAUCUCUCAUUCUACCUCAUCGAGUUGUGCUUGGUUAAAUAUGAAUCCUUGAGGUUCAGGCCAUCGUUGUUAUGUGCUUCAGCUGUGUAUGUUGCCCGUUGUACCCUAAAUGAGAUUCCAGCAUGGACCUCUUUGCUUGAAAAGCAUGCACGCACCAAGGAACUUCAGAUUAGGGAUUGUGCGGAGAUGAUCGUAAGUGUUCACAAAUCUGCAUGUGCGGGUCUCCUGAAGGUCACUUAUGACAAGUAUAUGCAGCCUAAAUUUGGUGGCAUUGCAGCUGUAAAACCUUUGGACCGUCUUCCUAUUUGAAGCUUCUCCACAGUUAUAUAUUCUUUCGGGUGGUGUAGUUUAUUCAUUUCACUUUUAGUUCUGCUUCAUUUAGGUUUGAUUUCAGAAUGUGUACCAUGUAAUGGAGACCUUGGCUUACGUAGUAUAUUAAUCAUUCGAGGUAUUGUGCAGUAGGUUGUAUGUUUGUAAUUUGUAUUUUGUAUAAUGGUGCAGACUUGCUCUUCAUGUAUGUACUUCUUAUUCAGCUCU